UGUAUUUUUCAGGUGAUACAAUCACCUGACUACACAAUAACAAAAAUUUCGACUUGGUACUUUAUUUGACCAACACAAGCGAUGAAACUCUCGGUGUUUGCAAAAUUUUUAUAUUUUUUAGGCGUACAACCAUUUUACUUUUAAUUUAAAGACCUUACUGAUAGAAUUUGUUAAACAUGUCUGAAUUAAAAUUAUCAUUGGAAGAAGAGUUACCAUCACCAGAUCUAUUUUCUGAACCAGAAGUCGGAACAAAUGCAUCCAUUGCAGGAACUUCAGAAGAUUCAACCUCUGUAUCAACUGGGUGCUUUGAACCAGAUUUCACUAACGAUGAUCCAGAAUGGAAAGGUGUUAGCAUAGAAGAAAUUUACAGAUACCAUGGACCAUAUGAUUGGCACCAUCUUCCUCCAAUUCAUCCAUCACCUUCUCAUACAGUUCUUUUUGAUAUACCACUUCCCAAUCGAGGACCACCUAAGCCUUUUGUUACUCAACCAGCUGAUAAGUGGAACCAAAAUUUUGUACGAAUGCCACAUUCAGUUCAUAGUCUUUAUCCAUUGGAACCAGAAAAAGAAACUUCAAAUGGAUUCAGACGUCGAUGGGAAGUUAUUCAAGAAGCUUUAUUACAAAGUUUUUUAUCUAGCCAACAACUGGAAGCAGCUAUUUUAUCGUACAACCAUAAGUAUGCUGAUCGAUGGGACUUUACAGCUCUUCAUAAUUUCUUUAAUAAAUAUAUUGAUGAGGAGGAAAUGAGUAUGUGCUUGGGUACAUUAGUUCCAAGAAUAGUUCAACUUGCUCUUCAGCUUCCUGAUUUAAUUACUGCUCCUCUUCCGUUAUUGAAACGGCAUACGAACAAAUCAAUUAGUUUAAGUCAACUACAAGUAGCUAGUUUACUUGCCAAUGCAUUUUUUUGUACAUUUCCACGUCGUAAUUCAACAAAUCCACAGUCUGAAUAUGGAUCGUACCCUUACAUCAAUUUUAACAAAUUAUUUUCUUCGUUUCGAGAAGAUAAGAAAACUAGGCAUCAGUCGGUAAUGGAAAAAUUGAAAUGUUUGUUUCAUUAUUUUCGUAGAGUAACUUCAAAAGCACCUGAAGGUACGAUAACGAUACAGAGACGGUAUGUACCUAAAAAGAAUUGUCCACGGUGGGAUAAGCAGCAAGUAAAGUUAUCAUCGCUGCACAUUACGAGCAAAGGCACUAUCGAAUCGCAAGGAGCUGGUCUUCUACAAGUUGAUUUUGCUAAUAAGUAUGUAGGCGGUGGAGUAUUGAAUUACGGAUGCGUUCAAGAGGAAAUUCGAUUUGUUAUCUGUCCAGAAUUAAUGGUUACGAUGUUAGUGACUGAAGCUUUAGACGAUACCGAAGCACUCAUUAUAAAUGGUGUAGAGAGAUAUAGUCGGUAUGAAGGAUAUAGUAACAGCUUUAAGUGGGUAGGAGAUUUUAUCGAUGAAACGCCACGAGAUGGUAGCGGCAGGAUGAAAACCUGUAUUGUGGCGAUAGACGCGUUGUAUUUCAAACAACCAAGUAUACAGUUUAACAUGGGUAACGUAAUACGUGAGCUAAACAAGGCGUACGUGGGAUUCACAUCGGAAGUAGCAUCGAAUGAUUUGCCGGCUGUGGCGACUGGCAAUUGGGGUUGUGGUGCAUUCCGUGGAAAUCCUCAAUUAAAGGUUUUACUCCAAUUGAUGGCUGCAGCUGUGGCUGGUCGAUCAAUGGUAUAUUUUACGUUUGGGGACUCUAAUUUAAAAGAUAGCGUCGCGGAAAUGUAUUGGCACCUCGUUAAACAGGACGUUGAUAUAGGUCGAUUGUUUGUGAUGAUUUCGGAGUAUCAAGAAACAGCACCAGAAAAACGAUCGGAUUUUUACCGUUUUUUAUAUAACCGCAGCAAGAUUAAACCUAUGACGCAUUACUUUAGCAAAAGUCCCAUGAAAAAGUCGGAUAGCAACGAUGAAAGUAGUCAAACUUCUCAAGAGAAACAACGAUUUAACUUUGAUUUUAAGAAGCAUGCUUCUUUGGCAAAACUCAAAGAAGAUCAACUCGAACAUAAAAUCGAAAAAUGGCUGGAAGAAGUUGAAGACAAUUCUGCAAAUGUAGUUGAGUUGGACGAAUUUGAAGUACAGAGUACAGGUAAAGAAGACGUUAGAAUGCAAGACACAUAUAAAGAAAUUCGACAAAAUGAUGAUGAUAAUAAAAUUGAGCCCACUAGCAAAGGAAAUUUAAUAAAGAAGAAGAAACAAACUUUUGCAGAAAUUUUCGGAGAAGAAGAAAUGGAAACUUCGCCUAAAAAAAAGAUGUCUGGACUUGAUGCUUUUGACCAACUGUUGCUGGAAGCAUCUCAGAAUGAAAAAACAAAAAAUUUACCGUCGGCUGAUGUUUCAAUGGAAGUAGACGUGAAAAUUGAAAAGAAGGAAGAAUUAAUUUCAAAGCGCGAAUCAAUAAAAACGUCAGAGAAUUGGCCAAAACCUACGCCGAAAAAAGUAUCUCAGACGAAAAUAUCAGACUUUUUUAAAAAGAAAGAUCCCUGAUGGGCACAGCUUUUUUCGAUUAAUCUUUUAAAAAUAUUGUAAAAAGUACUUAAGGAAAUUGUAUAUAUUUUGAAAAAAUGGAAUA